UUUUUUUCUGCUCGCUUCCUCACACACCAACAACCAGAGCGUUCUUUGUCUCCCUUCUUCUCUCACCACCACCAAUCUUUGAGACAUGUCUCGUUCCACUCUUUCCGUGCUUUUGGCCAUCGCUGCCACGUCAAAAUUUGCCCUUGCUCAACCUGACCCAGCUGACCCAACCCCCCUUGUCGACAAGACCUAUGCUUACCCCUCAGGAAUUCCCUACCAAGUCGACUACAACACCGCCGCUAUCCGUGGCCCACAGGUUGGCUACAACAUCUGUAACUCCACCACCGAGAACCAGAAUUCCAUGUGCCAAACCUCAAUGGUUAACCACAUCGACGAUUUCUGCUUGUGGGCACCUUUCACCCCCAACUCCACUAUCGGCGAUACUGAGCAGGAGGAGGUUGCAUGGUGCACUAAGCCUGGCCACGGCACUCGUCUUAUUCCCAACGGUGCCCUUCAGGGAGUUCAGUUACUCCGCACGUCGGAGUACAUCCAAAUCGCUGGUUUCAUUGACCAGACUCAAAUUGACAUGAACGCUCAAGACUAUGGAGGAGAACUCGACCCGCACGGUGCUGAUCUCCGUGGGAACCCUCUUGGAGGCUUGAUGUACUCUAACGCGUUCCCAAGCAACAACGGCGACAACAACACCUACCAGCAAGUUAUCGACUGGACCAACUUCAUGGGUGGCAACGCCUUCUGCAUCACGAUCUGUGAUCCUGCUUCUAGCAGUGCCAACCAGUCCGCUUACUGCCAGAACAUCUACGACCGCAUGGGUUGCAGCUACAACAUGCCCAACAAUGCUCAGAACGGCACCUUCGAAGUUUGCGACUCUGACCUUAAGACCCCUGCUGGUGUCUACGUCACUGGCGGCGUCACCAUGACCUACACUCAGCCCAAUUCUGGCGUUGUCGCCCCUCCCUACACAGCUGUCAUUCCCGCCUCAUCCAACUGUGUCACUUACGCCAGUGCUGCCCUCUACACUGGCCUCGCCACCGUCACCCCUACCGGGGUGUCCGCUUCAGCAAGCGGCGCUACUGGCACCGCUAAGUCCACUUCGACUGGCUCGAACACAGCUGGUGCUGCAAGCGCAACCCAGAGCGGCGGUGCCGUCGCUGUUGGUGUUUCUACCCUUGCCGGCUUAACCGGUACCCUCUUCGCCAUGAUCUUCCUGUCAUAAAUCAAGUGUGGCGCUGACUAUAUGAUUUAGCAUUGCAUAUACUAAUAUACCUGCACCUGUACACUGACAUUUCAUGAUAGUGAUAGGUUAUCUGUUUUGCUUUUACUGAGACGAUGUUGUGUUUACAUGCAACGACGGACUUGUUUCUUUUAUACUUUUGAUUUUGGGCCGAUGUUGUUUGGUAUUACGGUUUGGACCAUGACCACGAACUGCAAUAUAGCAACUUGGUACACUCUUAGCGUGUUGACUAGGGUAUAGAUCUCCAGCCUGUGUUCGCGAUGUCAGAAUUGUGUAAGGAUGUUGACCUACUUUCCUACGAUGAAUCUGUCUAUGCUGGUG